CUCAAGGAUCUUGAGAGGCUGAUCAAGGCAGCCGAGACUACGGUUCAAGCUAUGCGGCGCGAACGGAAUGCCCACGUCGCGAUCAACCGUCUUCCUGCCGAAGUACUCCGGGAGAUAUUCGUGACGACCUGCACCGUCACACUAGCUCGAUACAGAUCUUCACACUACGAAUGGCGCUAUAUAAGCACCGCCUGGAACCCAACUUGGAUUGACAAGGGCAGAGCAGUCAGUCUCAUGCUUGUCUGCUAUCAGUGGAAAGAGAUCGCCUUGGGGGUCCGGGAGCUCUGGAAUGGCAUUGAAACAUAUUGGGAACGUGAAGGUCGUAUCUUGCUAAAGAGGGUCCGGCCAAGGCCCGCUCAAGGUGCUGGCUUCUGAAUAAGACGAAUUGGAAUCCGGUUAUGCUGUUGCGCGCGCUCUCCAAAAUGUGGAGCAUUCAUACCGAAUCCAAGAGCUGUACUGGACAGGGUCCUUGAACGGAAAAUACUUUGGAAUGUCUGCGCCCUCGUUGCGGUCUUUUGCAUUGCAAGAUAACGAAAGUCAUAUGCCAGAUGGGACACUCAAGCUCUUCGACAAUCACACCCCGUGUCUGGAGCGCCUGUCACUGUCAUGUGUGCGUUGGCUGCCCACCAAUGCGUUCGCCAAUCUGACAUUCUUGGCUAUCAAAUCUUGCAUUAUACCCAAAUUCUGCGCCAAAUUACGCAGCUUGCUUGCUGGGACACCGAACCUGGUCGAUCUCGGUCUGCGAUGUGUGACUGACGGCGCUGACGGCUACAAGCAUCACGAGCCUACGGACACGAAGCCUGUGUCACUCGCUCGGUUGCGCCGGUUGCUGAUCCAGCAUAUGUGGGUCGAUGACAUCGAUUAUGUCUUCCGGGACGCUCGGCUAAAUGAAGACGUGUCUGUCUCGAUCAAAAAGAUGAUAACGCAUUAUGGUCAUGGCCGUCAAAUUUUGGAAUUGGUAUCCACGUGGUCAUUGAAUGCCUUAAAACAAUCCAAAGAACCGCAUUUACAGCCUCACGUCGCCAUCGUCGCCGGAGCCUCUUCUGGUUUCCGUUUUGCGGUCGAGAGACGCACGACUCCGGAGGAUUGGACCACAUUCGAUGAGUUAUGGAUGCUAUCCCUUUCCAGCAUCUCUCAUCUGUGCACGUUCGAGUGGGACGCAUGUCACGGGGUGUUCAGCCUUGAACGUGUCCGCAAUCUUCUCAGGCAGAUGACCGCGCUUGAGACGCUGUCCGUCAACAUCGAAGGUCUGACGAGUGUCGUCGACGCUCUCACACUCUUCCGCGACCCAAUCGACCCGCCUCUCUGUCCCGCACUGACGACAUUGCGUAUCGCCAUCCGAAAAGAUAGUGAUUGUAACAUCGUCCUGGACUCAGUCCACUCGCACCGUGCGCAGCUUGGCAUCAAGCACCUGUAUAUCGGGCUGGUUAAUCCUGAGAAUGGACACUGGACACCUCGUCAAACCGUGAAGGACCAGCUGCAAGGCAAUUUCGAGUCGGUGAAGUUUGGGACGCUGUCGUAUGAUAAGGCAUACGGCAUUACUUUGCCGCUGGUAUGUGAUGAGGAGGUGCAUCGUUUGUGGCCGCCCUGGCUUUAGGUGUUGUGUGGACGAGAGAUGACGUCGAUGGUGGUGAGACCAAAUGGCCAGUUAUACCGAUGUUUACAGAGAGCGGGCAUGACUAUUAGGGAGGGAGAAGUAAGGUAGAAGUACGUAUUUUAUGCUACAGCUGAUGUGAACGCGAAUGCAAGCUUCGAACUGAGAUGUCGUGAAU